AAGGAUCCCAUAGAGGAGCACUCGAUGUCACAAUCUCCCAACAAGAGCAUCAAGAUCGAGCAGAAGGACGAUGAGGUCGAAGGGCCGAAGAACGCGGCAAAGCCCAAGAGUGUUGAAGAGAACAAGGACGAGCAAACAACAUCGCGGGCCGCAGUGCCUCAGGUUACACCUCAGGAGCAGCCGCAGAAAGUAGACUGCGCCGUCAACGCGUACGGCUGGGCAAUGCCGAUUCCCAAUGGCGUUGACAAAAUCAACUUCACCCAGUUUUAUUGCCAGAUCCCAGUCAAACAACAACCAUGGGAGGCAGGGGCUACACGAAUGCUGGAAGAGGGGAAGUGCCCUUGGAGAGAGUCGUUUCACCUGACCGAUGAGGAGCGCGCUCCGUACCGCGGCGGCGCGGCGUGCCGCGUCCUUCUUGUCGGCUUCGCUUUGACGGACUUGGAGCCCGAGCAUCGGCGUCCUUCCCCGUCUGUUGGAUUCAACUGGGGGGGUUUGAAGUACAACAGAUUGAAUCAAGAUGGCUUCUGGACCGAAACCCCAACAAUGAUACCAGACCUCCAGGCGAAAAAGGCUGUCAUGGUCGUCACAAAGGUGGACUACCAACAACCGUUGGGGUUGAACUUUUGGGCGCUCUUAAGACCCGGCAACGAGAACUCAGAUCUUUGUCAGCUUUACAGGGUCACCAAGGAAGAGUGCUUCUAUCUUCCCCAGUUUCGAGUUUUCGACGAAUCGACGGAUAAGGGAAGCAUCGGCCGGCUGUUGAGUUGGAACAAGAGCGUGCGAAGGGCUGCUAUCUGUUCCGAGGAGGUGGCGGUGUGCCCGACGUUCUCCAUUCCACAGCGAACCGCCGGUAGAGCGGAACCGGAAAACGGCGGAGAAAAGGAUGCGGGUGGACAAUCCCUGUGACUUCCCUGGCAUUGAGGAGCACGGCAUCCCCAGAUUCUGUUAGAGCGAUGGAAAUGCUCGCAUGCGCCAGUUGUGGGUUGCAUGGUGCUCCUCGGCCAGCAGUUGCGCACGCGGAGACAGCAACGUUAAUGAUGGCUUGUGCACCACAGCUCGGGAUGUCGAGUUUAGCAUCGGGAGCGGGCGAUGACUGAUGAGUUCGAGCGGACGGUUCCAAUAGGGUCAUCGGUCGGUUGUGGGAACUCAUGAGAUCUGGGGAGACACGUAUAGAUAAACAAGGACGGAGGGAAGCAUUGCUAGGGUAAAGCAGCAGCAUGCUUGAGAGAGGGACAUAGCAGUCAUAGAGUUCAAGGGCAGGGCACUUCGGCCUGGUUGAGGUACUGAAGAUAACCAGUUGGUAGAUAAGGUAGCUUACUUCAGUUUCUUUUGGCAUGACAGAACAAGCGCGAACUGCAGUGGCUAACUAUCUUCCAAGCUGAGGGAG